AUGCUGUUACUAGUCACUAUUAAUCUCAUCUUGUGGGUUUCCUGUGCUCAUGGACAAGGAGAAACUUGCAAUUUUCCAGAAAUAAAACAUGGAAGCAUAUAUGAUGAAGACAGAUAUAAAUACAGCUUCCCAGUUGCUGUAGGAAAAUAUUUCUACUAUUCCUGUGAUCACAGUUUUGCGUCUCCUUCACAAUCACUCUGGACUCAAAUAAUCUGCACAGAGGAGGGAUGGUCACCAACACCAAAGUGUAUCAGGCAGUGCUUUUUCCCUUGGGUAGAGAAUGGUCAUUCGGCAUCUUCAGGACGGAUACACCAGGAAGGUGACACUGUACAAAUUGUCUGUAAUAAGGGUUACAGGCUUCCAUAUAAUCAGAAGAGUAUCCAAUGUGCAGAACGUGGCUGGUCUUUUCCUCCUAAAUGCAAUCAGCUAGACGAAGGAAAAUGUGGGCCCCCUCCGCCCAUCGAAAAUGGAGACAUUACCUCAUUCCCAUUAAAAGCUUAUGCUCCGGGAUCAUCAGUUGAGUACCGAUGCCAGACCUUCUAUGCACUUCAUGGAAACAGUACUAUAAUAUGUAGUAAUGGACAGUGGUCAGAACCACCAAAAUGCUUAGAUGCAUGUGUGAUAUCAGAAGAAAUCAUGGAAAAACACAAUAUACAGUUGCGAUGGAGACAUGAGAAAAAAUUUUAUUCUAGAACAGGGGAUAUUAUUGAAUUUAUGUGUAAAGUUGGAUAUCAUAGAAAGUCACAAGGUGACUCAUUUCGAACAACCUGUCAGGAAGGGAAACUGAUGUAUCCCACUUGUGUAUAA